AUGGCCAGCUACCCGUACGGGCAGGGCUGCCCAGGAGCUGGAGGACAAGCGCCCAGAGCCCCUCUGGGCAGCUACUACCCUGGACCCCCCGAUGGUGGAGGGCAGUAUGGCAGUGGGGUACCCCCCAGUGGUGGUUAUGGAGGGGGUCCUGCCCCCGGAGGGCCUUAUGGACUGCCAGCUGGUGGGGGACCCUAUGGACACCCCAACCCUGGGGGACUCCCCUCUGGAACUUCAGGAAGACUAUAUGGUGGAGCGGCCCCAGGGAGCCCCUAUGGUCAGCUGCCUCUGAAUUCCUACAGUGCCCAGCAUCCUGGGCCUUAUGGACAGGGACCUCCUCCAGGUGGCGUUCCUCCCAAUGUGGAUCCUGAGGCUUACUCCUGGUUCCAGUCAGUGGAUGCCGAUCACAGUGGCUACAUCUCCAUCAGGGAGCUGAAGCAGGCUCUGGUCAACUCCAACUGGUCCUCUUUCAAUGACGAGACAUGCCUCAUGAUGAUAAACAUGUUUGACAAGACGAAGUCAGGCCGCAUCGACGUCUACGGUUUCUCAGCCCUGUGGAAGUUCAUCCAGCAGUGGAAGAAACUCUUCCAGCAGUAUGACCGGGACCGCUCCAGCUCCAUCAGCGACACGGAGCUGCAGAAAGCUCUGUCCCAGAUGGGCUACAAGCUGAGCCCCCAGUUCACCCAGCUCCUGGUCUCCCGCUAUUGCCCACGCUCCGCCAACCCUGCCAUGCAGCUAGACGGCUUCAUCCAGGUGUGCACCGAGCUGCAGGUGCUGACCGAGGCCUUCCGGGAGAAGGACACAGCUGUGCAGGGCAACAUUCGACUCAGCUUCGAGGACUUCGUCACCAUGACAGCUUCUCGGAUGCUCUGA